CACCAGCUGGGGCUGCUGAGCGAGUGAGCUCUCCCCUCAGAAAAUCCCUUCCCGCCUUUUCGGAAGGAGGCGGCCCGUAAUUCCUCCCCACGGGGAUUUUUUGGUGGGGGGUGGGGGAAGGAGACCGAGCUAUGGCUGACGAAGAGCGGGCUGAACACGGGGGCAGCAGCCGGGGAGGAAAGCUCAGCCUCAAGCGCAAGAGGCGGCAGCCACACCAGCAGCAGGAGGAAGAAGAAGAGGCGGAAGGCCGCCCCUCGGCCAUUCCUCGCCGAGCACCGUGAGUCCGGGUUAGGAUUCCUUCAGACACGCAGCGGGAGGGUGCGGAGUCUACGUGCGAAUGCGCAGGCGCGAGGACUAGGAACGCGGGGGGGGAGUGCGCGCGCCCGCAGGUGGAUGAGUGUGGAAUGAUUGGAUCGCUCUAUGAGUGUGCGCGAGAGAUAUGCAUAUGCUUCAAGUUAACUGGGAUGAGGCGAGUUGCAACAAGGCAUGACCAGUGGUGGAUUUACCUAUAAGCUAAACAAGCUAUAGUUUAGGGUGCUCCCCCUCUCUUGGAGGCCCCCCCAAAAAAUUAAAGGAAAAACACUGGAUGUAAAUUUCCAAAAUACAAGCUAAAAAACAAAUAAAAUAAAACCUACAUACAGCAACAGUGUUUUGUGCUGUGUAGGCUCCUAUGAUGUAAGUAAUGGGCCCCACUCGCUCCCUAAAAUAUCACAGGUUUGCUCAUUUCUAUAUAUAGGGUGCCUGCGUUCUGCACAGACUGGUUAGAACAAUUACUUUGAUAAAAUACAUAUUUUGUUAUGUGCAAAUAGGCAAAUAACCUAUUAGGUCCAUAAAUUACCAUAUUGUUGUUGUUGUUGUUUAGUCGUGUCCGACUCUUCGUGACCCCAUGGACCAGAGCACGCCAGGCACUCCUGUCUUCCACUGCCUCCCACAGUUUGGUCAAACUCAUGCUGGUAGCUUCAAGAACACUAGCCAACCAUCUCGUCCUCUGUCGUCCCCUUCUCCUUGUGCCCUCCAUCUUUCCUAACAUCAGGGUCUCUUCCAGGGAGUCUUCUCUUCUCAUGAGGUGGCCAAAGUAUUGGAGCCUCAGCUUCAGGAUCUGUCCUUCCAGUGAGCACUCAGGGCUGAUUUCCUUAAGAAUGGAUAGGUUUGAUCUUCUUGCAGUCCAUGGGACUCUCAAGAGUCUCCUCCAGCACCAUAAUUCAAAAGCAUCAAUUCUUCGGCGAUCAGCCUUCUUUAUGGUCCAGCUGUCACUUCCAUACAUCACUACUAGGAAAACCAUAGCUUUAACUAUAUGGACCUUUGUCGGCAAGGUGAUGUCUCUGCUUUUUAAGAUGCUGUCUAGGUUUGUCAUUGCUUUUCUCCCAAGAAGCAGGCAUCUUUUAAUUUUGUGGCUGCUGUCACCAUCUGCAGUGAUCAUGGAGCCCAAGAAAGUAAAAUCUCUCACUGCCUCCGUUUCUUCCCCUUCUAUUUCCCAGGAGGUGAUGGGACCAGUGGCCACCUCCUUACCAUACAGUAUAUCCAACACAAAAAACCGCGACAAUUUGUUGUUGACAAAGGACAGCUGGACAUAUAAAGGGCCCCAUUACCUUCAGUAGCUUAGGGCCUCAUCAAACCUAAAUCCGGCCCUGCAUGAGCCCCUUGAAUAUAAGAUUUAAAAGAUCAUUCAAUAGAACAAAGUAGGUUAAGCCAAUAAACGUGUUACAGCAGUAAAGGCACAAAAAACCCUCUCCUUUUAAGAUUUGUAUUAUGGGAGUGUUUAGGUGAUUGAGCGUCAAGAGGAAUUAGAUGUGCAUUAAAAGGGGGGGGGCAAAGCCUCAGGGUUUUGUUAUGAGGAUGAUGAGGGCUGUUCUCAUAUAACAUAACUUGUAUAUUGUAUUAAUAUUAAUACACGACCUAUUAAAAAUCUUCAGAACAGUUUUGUUUUGCUGUCAAUGCAGACCAGUUAACAGAAUGUUGUAAUAAAUGCUCGAAACUUACCUAAGAAUCGGUCAUGUUCAAGGGGUGUGUAGGUGAACAAGAAUCUGAGAGGUCUUCGUGUAGGAGAGGCAAGGAGUGUGCAUCAAGUGUAUAUGUUAAGUGCCUCAGGUUUUUAUGAUUAGGAUUAAGUAGAGCAAGACUUGUCAUCACUAGAGGCUAAUUAAUUUGAUAUUAUUAUUUAGAAUUGUAAGUUAAAUAACAUAAGCCACACGUUUAGGCUUUGGUUAUGUUGCAUAGUACUACAGCAGUCGCCUAUAUCUGUGUCCUGUUUCAUUUUUAGACCAAAGGACCCAAUGUUUGCAAAUAGUGGCCACUUAGAGGGUUUUUUUGGAAGAGUUUACUGUUACAAGUGUGGAAUUUUUCAAUCUGGAGCACCUUAAAAGGGAGCCUUCUGUUUGUCUUUCGUACUGGUUUCAGUGUGCAGUCACCACAAUUGCCUCGCAAAUGUAGGAUUCUCAACAAUUCCACUCCAAGCUUGCAAGUGGUUUGAGCUGCACCAGGUUGGUUCUGACAAGAGAAAUGAUGCUAUGCAUGAGUUUUAUGUUUUGUAGUACAUUUUCCAGCAGCUCUUGCUGGUUUGAAGAGCAAGGCUUAAGUGGUGCUGAAAUCGCGUGGAUGACAUUACUCAAGUCUGUGGAGCCACAUCUGCAUCGCUUGAGUUUAGAAAAAGUAGUCAACCUUCCCAAGUUUCUUACAAAGGUAAAACGUGUUUUGAAUUAUUAUUAACCAUUAAGAUACUUAUUGACCAAUAAGAUACUAUCUCAAGAUUGAAAACAAGUCCUCAUCUUCAUUCACUUUAAAGGGAGAGUAACAUGCAAUGGAAAAAUAAUUGAAAAUAAGGUUGAAGGUAAUGGAUUUGAUAUUAGAGAAGCUCCCCACUGCCCUAAUUUGCUUUUUAUAAUGCCUUCAAGAAUGUGAUACAAUGGAAGGAAUCCUCUCAGUUGAUGCUGGCUGUGAUACACUGAGCCUGUCAGAGUCAUCAGUAAAACCUGCCAGAAAGCCAAACUUCUUGCAUUUAGCCUUGAACUUUAGGAGGAUAAAGUUGGACAAGAGGCUGUACUUCAUACGUCAUCAUUUUAUUUGUAUCCCGCUUUUUUUUCUCCAGGAGGAAGCCCAAAUUGGCUGACGCUAACAGAAAUGACAAAAAUAGGAGGGAAAAUGCAAACAGUAUGAAACACGGUUUGACAAUUCAGUUAAUCAGUACAAAAUCCACAAAAUGUAUAGCAGUGGGAUAAUAAAAUAACUCUGGGCCACAAACUCAUACUCCCAGUCUAGCAACAAAUAUAUAAAAUCAUUUGGAUUACUAUUUAUUAAAUUUAUUUGUCACUUUCUUACCAAGAUAAGACAAAUUAGUGGACUGGUUGGAACAAGACCACAUUCUUUCAGAAGCACAGGCUGGUUUUAGGGCAAAUCGGUCAACCUUAGACCAGGGCCUUGUUCUCCAACAUCUUGCAGAGAAAUAUACAUCAAGAAAAGGAGGUUCCCUAUACGUGGCCUUUAUAGAUUUCAAAUCUGCUUUUGAUUUAAUACCCAGGGACAGGCUUUGGGGAAAGCUAAGCGCCGCAAAUACAAACAAACGCCUACUGUAUCUCAUCCACAGUCUAUAUGAAAAUACACGGAUCUGGGUAAGGUGUGACCGACAGGGCCACCUAUCCAAGGAAAUCCAAAUCCAUCAGGGGGUCAGGCAAGGGUGUGUCCUUGCGCCUACUUUAUUUAACUUCUAUAUCAACUCGCUAGUAGGAAAUAUGGAGAAAGAAAAUGCCCAUCCCCCCAAAUUGGCUGGUACGCCCCUCCCGGUCCUUUUAUAUGCGGAUGACACAGUUUUAAUUUCUUGUGUUGGAUUAAGAAAACUUUUGAGAUCUCUUACCAAAUACUGCAGCAUCGAACAACUAACAAUUAACUACAACAAAUCCAAAGUCAUGGUGUUCUCUAAAAAAAGGAGGAGGCACAAAUGGAGAAUAGACAAUCGCUCAAUAGAACAGGUAGCAACCUUUAAAUACCUGGGUGUAACCUUCCAGGAAAGGGGCUCCUGGCGCUUUCAGAUUAAUAAUACUAUUGCAAAUGCAGAAAGAUCUACUAAAGCGUUAAUAAGAUUCUUCUAUGGGAAAGGGGGCCAAUACAUACCGGCAGCCUCCCAGGUCUUUGCUGCCAAAAUACUAUCACAAUUGCUAUAUGGAUCCCAGAUCUGCAGCUUUAAAAACCUUACUCUCUUAGAGGCAUUCCAAGCUAAGUUCUUCCGCUGCCUGCUGGGGAUCCCCUCCUGCGUAUCCAACAUAGCGGUCCGUUUGGAGGUUGGGCAAAUUCCUAUCAGUAAUCGGAUAUGGAUAUUGAAGAUCCAUUAUUGGCUAAAGCUUAUUUUCUUCCCGGUUGGGCUGGCACCUUUAACCUUAUUAGAUACCUACCAAUCCAAAUGGAAAGCUACACUGCUGGAAAAGCUUAAAGGCUUGGGGAUCCCACAGCAGACCCUGAUAGCGACAGGCUUCAAGAAAGCUAGGACUACAAUUCGCCAGCGUAUCUGGGACGUAGAAUUACAAGGCCACAUGAGCGAAAUGAUCAAACAUCCAGCAAUAAGGGACCAUGGGAGAGGUUUCUCUCCAGCUAACUAUCUGUCAGGUCUUCAGGUACCCAAAUACAGACGGUCUUUUACCCUCGCCAGAUUCAGCAUUCUCCCUUCUGCCUUACUUCAGGGCAGAUUUGAGGGUAAACCAUACACAGCACGGGUCUGCCCCUGUGGCUCGUUGGAAGUUGAAACUGCUUCACAUGUACUAUUACGUUGUCGUCUUUAUGAGGAUAUACGUUUGACUUUUAUUACACCUGUUUUGCAAAAGUCCAGGAAAGAAUCGGAACACCAUAGUUUAAAAUUACUGCUAGAGGACAAGAAUCCCAAGACUACAUUAAAUGUAGCCAAAUUCUGUGCGUCUGCAAUUAAUCGCAGGAAGCAAGUGGUAUCCCAUAAUGACCAAACCCCCAAAUGUUAAUUACAGGGGGCACGCUAAUAAUUAAUUAAUUUUUUUUAUAUUUAAAUCCUUGUUAUAUUCAUAUUGUCCUCUGUAUUUUUGAUAUAUUUUUUUAUGAUCUGUGAUAUUGUGUGUGUUGAUGCUGGUCUGUGACCGUAUUAAUAAAUUCAUUCAUUCAUACUCCCAGUCUAGCAACAAAUAUAUAAAAUCAUUUGGAUUACUAUUUAUUAAAUUUAUUUGUCACUUUCUUACCAAGGUAACUCAAAGUGCCUUACAAUAUAUAAACAAACACAUGCAUAAUAACCAGCAUAAAACAAAGACAUAUCUAAAAGGCAAUUCUAUUUUUAAAAAGCUGGAUUCCGUAAGUGGGUAAUCGCCACUGAAAAGGCCUGUUGUUGUGUUGCCACCCACUGAACAUCUCAUGGAGGCAGCACAUGAAACAAGGCCAUAUAUGACAAAUUGCAGGAUCUGCUUCAUAUGGAGAGAGGCAGUUGGCAUCUCAAGCCACAUUUGGAUGUAAUAAAAAGUAGCUGCAAACAUAGCAGUAAUAGCACAGCAUAAAAAGGCCACCAUAUCCCACAACUGCCCGUGCCGAAAUCCUGCGUAUUUGUAUUACGUUUUAAUGGGCAUUGUGUAAUAAUACAUUUGACGUGGGAAGUUUUCUCUUUGGUCCUGUGAAACUUGGUUUCACUGCCGCUUGGGGCCUUAACGGUGUGAGGAAGGGUUGGUGUUAGAAUUUUUAGUAUGGAAGAGUAUAGAAGGUAUGCCUAUUCUUAUUGUUGAGUGCAGGUUUUGGGAGUGAGACUGAAUUGUGGCAACAGCAUGGGUUUAGAAGGACCACUGGAAUGGGAGUUGGGUUUCGUUAUUACAAAGUAAGUACCACCCCCAUUCCUGCCGCAGCGCCCCAUGUCAAACUUGCAGAAGAGGCAGCAUACACUCCUAUUAUGCCAAACUGACAUGCCUCUGGCAGUGGUUUUGGCUUUAAAGUCCUGGAACAUGGUCACAAGACACUUAUGACACACUUAACUGGUUUUGGGAGGAUGCGUAGGCGUGUGCACAAGAGUUGAAUCCAUCUAAGUGUUACUCGGAGUCGAUCCAUUGAAAUUAAUAGGCCCAAGUUAGUCAUGUCCAUUAGUUUCCAUGCCUGUCAACCAAGAGGAGAUACUUGACAGAACUAAAGGCUGUUUCCACCAUGGAGCCACUAGAGAAUGAAAGAAAAGCAAAACAGUCUUGUGGAACUGUAAAGACUUAAAUUUAUUAUGGCAUAAGCUUUCGUUGAUCAGAAUCCACCUUGGAUGCAUGACAACAUGCACACACACACAUACACAUUGUGGGUAAGGCAGAAUGGUGAGGACUAAAGUCAGAGGCAAGCGAAAUGCAAAAGGGACAGUGGUAAUUAUGCAAAGGCACAAUAGUUACAGUGACACUUAAACAAGGCUGUGUUGGUGAUAACACAAACAUCCUGCCGUUGGUAAGCUGGAUAAACUCAUGAAGUGUGGUUAAAAAUUUUCUGUAUUCGAACCGUAAGUGAUAGAUCAUAUCUUGGGAGCUCUUUCAAACUGUAUUUUCCACAUUCAAACCCAGCACUGGUUAUGGUAUCUUACUGGCUUUCCUCUUUUAUAUAUUCUUCUGAAAUCUACAGAGUUAGCAAAACUUUAAUUUGUCUGUGUUUCAGAGCUCACAAACUACAAAUCCUCAGCCAGCCCCAGAAACAUUUGACAUUGGAAUGAAACAGUUUCAGUGGACUCCAUUUCCACGUUACCACACAAAUAAUUCAAGAAGUAAAAAACCUCCUGAAAAUCAAGCUCUUAGUUUGAUAGAAAGAGGAAAUGAUGCAGAUGGGAGAUUCAGUGUUAUUUCUCCUGUUCCCAAGCAAAACCCCAUUCCAGCCGGUAAAUAUACUGCUGAGGAAACAACAACUGGACACAACAAUCAUCUUUCCCCUAAGCUGGAAGGUAGAGAAAUGAUUGAAAUGUGCCUGCACUCAACCCAGCAAAAUUCACCAGGACAUUCAUCAACAGCUGCACAGAGCCAGCCAAGAGUAUUUGUGUUUGAAAAGCUUUGGAAAGGGGCUACAACACAGAGUGAAGGAAAAAGCAGAAAAGAAAAGAAAAUACUAUCAAAUGAUGAUAAGCAAAGUACUUUGCUGUGCCAGCCUAACAAUGCCACAUCAGUGUUACCUGUGCAGGAAUCUCCUGCUCUUUGUUUGAGUGUCGGCAACCAAGAAAAAACAGAGGACCACAGGGAAGAAAUCUUAGCUCUCAGCCAGUGUCCCAUGUGUCAGAUCCACUUUACUGGAAAGUAAGUAUUGGUUAUGUUACUCAAAUUCAUUUUUCAGUUCGUCAUGACAUCCACAGCGCGCACACAUGGAAGUGACCACAUCCAGUGUUUCUCAAAUUUGGGGUCUCCAGGUGUUGUUGGAUUGCAACUCCCAUCGUCCCUAGCUAGCUAGCAAGACCAGUGGUGAGGGAUGAUGGGAACUGCAGUUCAACAACAGCUGGAGACCCCAAGUUUGAGAAACACUGCCACAUCCAAUAGGAAGAAAUUGGGGCACAAAGCAAUGGGAAGACAGAAAAGGGUGUUGGCUGCUCUUGCUAAAUGGAGGAUGGAAGGUAGAAAUUGUUAGUAAACGGCACAUGGAAGAUUUCCCCUAACAAACGCAAAAUUGAAACACUAUUUAUUUGUAUUGGGAGACUUUAACACAUUUUUAAUACCCUCAUUUGCAUGCCAUUUUUUCCUCAUUUCAACACAAAAUUGAGAUGUACUACUUCCCAUGUAACACCUCCCGGGCGUUAAGAUCUACAGGGGAGGGUUGGCUGAUGAUUCUGCCGCAGGGUGUGAGAGGGUCUUCAGUGGUGGUCUCCAGGUUGUGGAAGACCCUUCCACCCCUCCAAGGUGCAUUUUGGCAACAGACGUGUUCAAAACUCCCAUUGUUCUAGGCGCAUUUUGCGACAGGGAAUUUCAUUAGCAUGAGCAGUUUCUGAUCUCCGGGCGCAGUACUGCACCUAAGAUUUCAGAUUAAAACUGCAAUGUGGAAGGAAAGGAGGACCUUUUUCUGCCUUCCCACUUCCAGCUACUUUCUGAAGAUUGGAGAAGAGACCCUCUGAAGAAUAUUAGGGGAGUGGGCAGGGGAAGGACUAGGCCAUGUGAAAAAUGAACAUAAUAUUUUAGCUGCAGUUCAUCCAUUUUCAGCUUUGUAUUCUCAUUAUAAAAAAGUGUGCCUAGACAUUCCAUUGUGGUGCCCAUAACCUAAGUUUAAGGUGCCAUUUAACUCCUAGCUUUAAUAUCUCUGUUUCUAACACUGCAACAUAUCAAGACACACCUUUUCGCACAUGUCUUCAGGAUGGGAUGAAGGAUGAGUUCAGAGUAUAGCUGUCAACUUUUCCCUUUUUUAAGGGAAAUUCCCUUAUUCCAAAUAGGUUUCCUUGCAAAAGGGAAAAGUUGACAGCUGUGGUUCAGAGUAUCACUCCCUCUGCAGUGUUGCUUACUGACGAUAUUUCUUCCUGCACGAUACAGCCGAAUUGACAUUCAGUGCUAUCUAACCUGCCUUGAGAUCGCAUGGGGAAGGGAAGGCCAUAAAUGCAUAUACUAAAAUCUGCAAGUCUGAUAAUUCUGUUUUCCAAUUUCAGGUGGUCAAAACUGGACAUUGAUGGUCAUCUUGCUAAAUGUUUGUCUGAAAGUGAUGUAGAUGUAAUUUGGUAACAAAGAAGAUAGCAGAGAACAGCCAAUGGUUCUUAGUAGUCAAUAAAUUUGCAGCAAUUUACCACAGAUCAAAAAAACUAAAGAAGGAGGUGGUCAAGUGCCAUGUCAUAUUUCAUUAUGUAUAUCCUGCUAUCAGGUCAGUAUUGUAAAUGUCUGUGGGAACCUCAGUGAAGUCUGGAUACACAUGACUUAUGUUUCGAAUAAAAGCACUACUGAAGUGUAUGUUCUCUAUGGGACAUAUUAUGAACCAUGACUGUACAGAGUUUAAAAUCUAAUAACAAAAUUAUCUGCUUCAGGGUGCUUAGGGGAUGGGGUUUGUUGAAAAUUAAAUAGUCAUCCAGCCACAAAGUUUUCAAUAAAAAGAUAGCUAGCAGUUUUCCUCCGCUGCAAUUUCUGUGUGUUUAUUCAGAUUGCUCACUAAUGCUUUUGUAUGAUGUACUUCAUUAAGAUACUCAGUCAAUUUACUGUAUAGCUUCACAAAUACCUUAGCAAAUUCAGCACAAGUUCACCAAGACCUGGUACCUGUUACAAACUGAACCUGUUAUUACCUUUACAACAAGAAUAAUCCUGAUCUUAUCAGUAACAGGCCAGUAAGAAGUAUUUUAACAUUAAGUAGCAGAGCCUAAAAUAUAAGAUCUGUUUUUGUCACGGUUUCCUUCAAAACAAUAAAUUCAGUAUAGCAUACAAAGGUAUAAAAUGCUGAAGUCCUUUUGGCACAUGGAACAUGUGGCAAAGCAAAUUAUAUGGGAAAUGUCUGCUUAGUGAAACAAUUAGUCUAAACUUUUUCAUUAAAGUCUUUAAUAGAUGUGCAAGAAUAUAAAUGAUCUUAGCUGUUUACGGGUUAGUAUACCAUCUUUUGCACAAAUAAAACUGGCCAAAGAUCUCAACUAGUUAAUUAUACAAAACUACAAGAACAUAUUUACUGUUUUACAAUCAUUAAAUUAGCUAGAGUGUUUUCAUUUACAUUUCAUUUACAUACUAAGACAAUUAUAUCAUUACCAGAUCCAUUUGCAAUAUAUUAGGAUUUUUUUUAAACCACACAUUUAAUUACAUCCUUCAUUUGUUCUUUAAUUUAUAAAACAAGUACUUUAUAUAAAAAAUUUCCCCUUCAUCAUGAACAGAACAUUAGUCAUACACUUGCACACAAGCAACUGACUUGUAACCAGCAACUUAUUUGGCAACACAGCAACAUUGUAAAUUGCCUUCAAUUGUAAAUAAAUCAAGGAUUUGUUUUUGUCUUGAGCAAGUGUGUGUACUCGCCCUACUCUAAUGUUCUGAUAUCACAGAAGUUCAGGGCAAAGAACCCUUCAUGUUUUGCCUAGCCCCAGAACCAGACAGCAUCCGUAGGUCACAUCACCAUGCAAAACCAGCUGCUCAGUUGUAAAUCCAAGAUACAGAGACACAAAACAUUCAGGGAACACUGAGAAUCCAAGAUACAGAGACACAGACCAGUCAGGGUUCACCAAGGAGAAGAAGAAGAAAAAUGGCAUUCAAAUCUUUUGCAUGAUUCAAUUAAAAAGAAAUCAAGACUCUCUUAGCUAGGUGACUUGGUUAUCUAAACCCCAAGCAUUUGAGGAAAGUACAUCUAACUGAAUUACUUAGUGCUGGUUAGAACAUAUGUUGCUUAAUACAAAAAAGAUAGUUCAGAGAGCAACUUUCAACAACUCUGGAUGGGACUAAUAAAGUUGAAUUAUCACAGAUGUGCGUUAAUUCAGUGGUCAGGGUAAGGGACAUACAAAAUAUAGUCUUAACUGAUGGUUCUUUGAAAGAUUUUUCAAUACCAUGAUUUGGCAGUCUUAUCCUAGCACCUCAUGGACUUGAAUGCAACUGAGAUGUCAUGUUCAGCACCUAAUGUAAUGCUGUACCCUGAGAAACCUAUACAAUAAAAGUAAUGUGAAAACGGUUGCAAGUUGUCUUGCAUUUUAUACCGAAUUGGGUGAGAUAUCAUGGCACACAGGGUUUCUCUCCUUCCUGAAGAAUUUUCUUCCCCAGAACUGCAAGCUACUCAAUGGAGUUACAACGAAAAUCUACUAAAAAAAGAAAGAAAUACGGUGUCUUGUUAUCUCCCAUAGAGACCAAUAAUUCUGAAUGGUUUUAGAUAGCAACGUGCCCUUGUUUGUCCUCAAACGUAUGGACACGUUUUUAUUCCCAAAGCUGACAGACAAUUAACCUGAUGCAACAUCCUCCAUUUUCAAAAGAGGAAAUAUGGACAUAUUUUAUAUUAUAGUCAUACAAUAUUUAUACAUCUGUUCAUUUUCUCCAUCACUAUAUUACUGCUUUGAGUGUUGUGUUUACCAAACAUCCUCCUGUAGAGCUUAGUGACAAGAUGCUGAACAUUUCAAAGCAGAUAGUUUUAAAUAGGAGGUGUGCUUUAUCAGAAAAAAAUGCAAUAUGUUGAUGGAUAUCCUAUAAUUUAUUUCUUUAAAACUUUAAGGCUAUGAUCUAUUACACUUCCAUUGUUCCUUUUGAAUAUUGCAUUGAUAAAAAUAUUAUUCAAAAAUCUAGUAUACAACACAAGACAUUGUAGGCACUGCUCAAGUAUUUUCAGAAAUCCACCAUGUGCAAAUUUAAAUUUUCUAAUGAGAUUUUGGUAAAUUUUGUUUUCUCCCACAUUAAA